GAGACAGUGACAGAGUCGGAAAUACCAAGAAAUAAAAAGGGCAAAAAGAAGAUGGCAAGAAGCUGUGGAAAGAAGAGGUAGAAGGGACCACAAAUGUUGGAGCUUGAUCCAGCGUCACACAUUUUUCUCACCCUCUCCAGUUUUCAAACCUAAAAAAGUAAGAACAAAAUUAAAUAUUUUAAGAAUAAAAAACAAAAAACACGUAACUUUAUGUUAAUUCAGACGUUAAAAGUAACGGCUGAUAAUCGCUUUUGCAAUCAUUGUAGCACUGCUUAACUUCACCCUUCUCACUUCACAUUCAUUCAUACCAACAACAACAGCAACACUUCCCCAACCGGAAUCUUCACACUUCCCACCAAAUCUCAUCAAAACUUCUUUUCGAUCGCACUUAAGGGUUUCUUUGGUGGAUCCCUAAGGCUUUGUUUGGAGUUAGAGUGGUGGGGUUAGGAGGUUGGAAUGAGCAGCUUAAGGCCUGAACUGCAUGUUGCCCAACAACUUCGGCGGGACAAAUUGAGGAUCCAAAACAGUUCCCAACAUUUGCAAGAGUUCCCAAGCAACCUAGAACAGUUAUCGUUACACCCAGGUUUCAACUUGGAUCUUCUUCAAGUGAGAAAUGUUCGAAAUGGAAACAUGCUUGACGAGGCCCUUUAUUCAUCGGAUAUGAUAUCUUUUUCCACUGCUUCGAAUCCUUUGUCCACUCCAAGAAACCCGUUGGAGUGUCAAGAACUGAUGAUGGCUCAGUAUGGUUCCACUUCGUUUCCUCAUUCAUCGUCCCCGAAGGACCAACAAUGUGAACCACGCCACUUGGGAGCUAAUUGGAUGGUGAAUUAUAACGAAAGCAACCCCAACACCAACAGUACCACCUUCUUCUCUUCUGAGCUUAAUAACAACGCUUCUGGUGAAAUAGCCAAUAGAGAAAUUCAGAAGCAGUUCGGUGAAAUGCAUUACCCUCCUUCUUCGUCUUCUUCGCCUCCUCUUUACCAUCAUGCUUUGCAGGACAUGUCUUACGGCGUUUGGGGAGGAAACCAUGCUGAGCCUGUGCUUCAUUAUCAUGCAAACAACGAGUUACGUUUUGGGGGUGCUAAUUUAUGGACAAAUAGUAGCAGCGCGAUGGGUUUCAAGAAGAAUAAUGAACAAGACAUAUAUCCUCAUCAGGGUUUAUCACUGUCACUUUCCUCGAACUCACAAUCUAAGCCUUGUUUUGAAGAAGGGUCUGCAUCGGAUGACCCUACUCAAUAUUCAAAGUCAUUGAAGUCCUCCAUGAAGUUGAACGUUCUUUCAAACAAUACUGUUUAUCGAAAUGUUGGCCCCCUCGGUCCCUUCACCGGGUACGCCACGAUUUUGAAGAGUUCAAGAUUCUUGAAGCCGUGUCAACAGCUGUUAGAUGAGUGGUGCUGUCAAUACGGUUCAAAGUCUGCGAAAGGAGGGGGUUGUGACGUUCCAGAGUGGGUCUCUCGAGAUGUCAGUGCUGCCUCUAUUUCUGCAGCUGCAACUGCUGGUGAUGCUCUUAAUGUUGAUGAAAGUGGGGGUGCUGCAAAAGGUGUUAGCUAUCUGGGUGCUUCAUCCUCUGUGUUGUAUAGUUCAAAUGAAAAUGAUAAUACAAAUAGCGCUGAUGGCGGAGCCACGAGUAACUUUUGUCUUUCUUCUCGGCCAGAGUGCCAAAAGAACAAGGCAAAACUACUGUACAUGCAAGAGGAGGUUCGUUUUUUCUCUGCUCAAUGUAGAAUAAUAGUAACCCUUCUGGCCUGUUUGUGUUCCUUACUUUUUUGUCUUGUGUGUUUUUGGUAUGUAUGUAUGGCUAAUGUCUGUCAGAGGUUUUUACUGUUUUGUAACAUGAAAAAAAGGCCAAAUGCUUUAAAACUUCCGUGUGCAACAUUAGGUCAUUUGGUGUCGAUUAUUGUGGAUGCAAAGCUCAUGAAAAGUUUGCUUGUGGAAAUAUUUACAACAACGAUAUACGUUCUCAGAAUGUGGGUUAAAGCGAAAAUGUAUAUUUGUGUUGGUGUGUCGAUUUGUUUUGGAAUACUGUGUGCUAAUAGUAGAAAUGAAGACUCUGCCUAUGCAAGAACAGUGUUGCUAGAUAACCUUUCACCUGUGCACAGUCCGCUUUCCGAAAGUUCUUUGUUUCUUCCACAAUUCCUAAACAAAGUGUUUGAGGUGUUAUCCUACCCGGUUGCUAUUGUUCAAAUCGGAGGGUUAUUAGUGGAGGUUGGAAUGAGCAGCUUAAGGCCUGAACUGCAUGUUGCCCAACAACUUCGGCGGGACAAAUUGAGGAUCCAAAACAGUUCCCAACAUUUGCAAGAGUUCCCAAGCAACCUAGAACAGUUAUCGUUACACCCAGGUUUCAACUUGGAUCUUCUUCAAGUGAGAAAUGUUCGAAAUGGAAACAUGCUUGACGAGGCCCUUUAUUCAUCGGAUAUGAUAUCUUUUUCCACUGCCUCGAAUCCUUUGUCCACUCCAAGAAACCCGUUGGAGUGUCAAGAACUGAUGAUGGCUCAGUAUGGUUCCACUUCGUUUCCUCAUUCAUCGUCCCCGAAGGACCAACAAUGUGAACCACGCCACUUGGGAGCUAAUUGGAUGGUGAAUUAUAACGAAAGCAACCCCAACACCAACAGUACCACCUUCUUCUCUUCUGAGCUUAAUAACAACGCUUCUGGUGAAAUAGCCAAUAGAGAAAUUCAGAAGCAGUUCGGUGAAAUGCAUUACCCUCCUUCUUCGUCUUCUUCGCCUCCUCUUUACCAUCAUGCUUUGCAGGACAUGUCUUACGGCGUUUGGGGAGGAAACCAUGCUGAGCCUGUGCUUCAUUAUCAGGCAAACAACGAGUUACGUUUUGGGGGUGCUAAUUUAUGGACAAAUAGUAGCAGCGCGAUGGGUUUCAAGAAGAAUAAUGAACAAGACAUACAUCCUCAUCAGGGUUUAUCACUGUCACUUUCCUCGAACUCACAAUCUAAGCCUUGUUUUGAAGAAGGGUCUGCAUCGGAUGACCCUACUCAAUAUUCAAAGUCAUUGAAGUCCUCCAUGAAGUUGAACGUUCUUUCAAACAAUACUGUUUAUCGAAAUGUUGGCCCCCUCGGUCCCUUCACCGGGUACGCCACGAUUUUGAAGAGUUCAAGAUUCUUGAAGCCGUGUCAACAGCUGUUAGAUGAGUGGUGCUGUCAAUACGGUUCAAAGUCUGCGAAAGGAGGGGGUUGUGACGUUCCAGAGUGGGUCUCUCGAGAUGUCAGUGCUGCCUCUAUUUCUGCAGCUGCAACUGCUGGUGAUGCUCUUAAUGUUGAUGAAAGUGGGGGUGCUGCAAAAGGUGUUAGCUAUCUGGGUGCUUCAUCCUCUGUGUUGUAUAGUUCAAAUGAAAAUGAUAAUACAAAUAGCGCUGAUGGCGGAGCCACGAGUAACUUUUGUCUUUCUUCUCGGCCAGAGUGCCAAAAGAACAAGGCAAAACUACUGUACAUGCAAGAGGAGGUUACUAGGAGAUACAAGCAAUACCAUCAACAGAUGCAAAUGGUUGUUCAAUCGUUCGAGUCUGUUGCUGGUCUUAGUUCUGCAACUCCUUAUGUCUCCUUGGCUCUCAAGUCAGUAUCGAAACACUUCAGAUGCUUAAAAGGUGCUAUCUCUGAUCAACUGAAGCUUACAUGUGAAGUCUUGGGAGAGGAAUUUUCAAUGCCAACUACAAGUAAUGGUGGUAAAUUUGACAGUAACAUGGCAAGGCUAAGGUGCAUGGAUCAAAGUUUUCAGAAAAACAAAUCUUUGGGGGCUAACAUAAACUUUCUUGAGCCCCAACAGCACGUGUGGAGACCCCAGAGAGGCUUACCAGAAAGAUCAGUGGCAAUUCUUAAAGCUUGGCUGUUUGAGCAUUUUCUUCAUCCGUACCCCACGGACACUGAUAAACACAUGUUGGCUACCCAAACAGGUCUUUCAAGAAACCAGGUAUCAAAUUGGUUCAUAAAUGCUCGAGUGCGUGUGUGGAAGCCAAUGGUUGAGGAAAUACACAUGCUCGAAACAAAGGGUGCAACAGAAGCCCACCAAGCCUCUAAUAAAAGUGAGCAGGUAGCUUCUGCAUCUGAAGGAAGCAACCAGCCCAAAUCAGAUCACCAACCUGUGAGCAGGUAUGGCACGCAUGCAUCAUCACAUGCAAUCCCUGACAAGCAGUUUCAGUGUUUGGAAAUGGGGUCAUCAUCCUCAGCAGGCAAUGAGGAACACAUCGGGAUGAAUGAAGACCAAUGGAAUCAAGAGAAGAGGUCAAAACUGGAAUGCCAGAUUGCUGCCACACCAAACAUGGAUGGAACAGUGAUGGGGUUUAUGCCCUACAGAAGAGGUGGACUUGAGGUUGGUGGUCUUGGAUCUGUGUCACUCACUUUGGGUCUUAGGCAUAGUGUUGAAGGUGUGCAACAGCAACAACUGCAACAACAGGAGGAGCUUAGGCGUCAGUUUGGAGGGCACAUGAUCCAUGACUUUGUGGGCUAGUUAGAUACUUGUCACUUGGGAAAGAAUAAGAAUUGGUCAAGGGAAUGGGGACCCUUUUGUAGCUAAGUGGAAAAAAAGGAGUUUUGUAUACAUUUGCUUGGUGAUGAGGAAAAGGAGAGGUGGGUGGGUUACUGUGUAAGCUGUUUUUUACCUUCCAAUUUUUGCUUGUGUUGGGGAAAUUGUGAACUGAAAUUGGUGGCUAACCUUACAACAUGGCGGACGUGGUCAGUGUUAAACUUGCAAGAUAGUGAAAAGCAGGGCAAAUAAUUCAAGGUCAAGUAUUCCUGCAUGCACAGUUCUGUAAUAUUUAACUUAAUGUGAUUUGGGCUACUUUAGAAAAAAGACAGAAAAGAACACCAGCAAUAUUUAAACAAUAA